AUGAAUUUUUACGACAAAACAUACAACUAUUGCAAAAACAAUUUGGGUGUGAUGUCCCAUAGGCAGUUGGCUUCCUUUGGUAUAAUUCAAAUAAAGAUUGAUAAAUCAAAUCAGGACCUGUUUGAUAAAAUAUGUCUAAAUUUCCACCGCGAAUUAUCUCAGUCAAAGGCGAACUCUUUCGCUACAUUAUCAACCGUAAUUUUAAUAUCCUCGAUUGAGUUUAUUCCCCUGGAAUACCCUGUGUUGUUGAAGUAUUAUCUUUCAGAACGUUCUGAUGACAUGACCCCAAAGAUGCUAAAUACGUCACUAUCUGUACUAUCAAAGUUUCACCAUAGAGACACUGAAUGCUUGAACAAAUUGGGAUUAUGUAUCAAGAAGUCUCUUUCAUCAUACUCUCACAGCGAGAUAUCGUUGGCGCUGAAUCAGUUUGCUUCAUUAUCAUAUAAACAUAAGAUAUUAGUUUCUUAUGUUUCUAGAUCUCGGCUCUUGGAAACUUCGGAUACUAAAGAUCGUCUAAACGUUAUUUCAUCAUCAUGCAAUUUACUUUCUAAAGUAAAAUACUAUCAUGUGGAUUCUAUAAAGGCCCUUUCUCACUCUUCUAUUGAUUGUAUUGAGAAUAUACCAGAAAUAUCAAUAACGGAGUCGGAAUGCCACAGUAACACCACAAAUAAUGUAACUAAUUGUUCAAACAACACGGGUUUAGAAACUUCAAGUUCUGGCUCACACUCAGAGAAUCGGGGCAACUCAAUGGAUGAAUCCAUCAUCCUAACUACAGACACGAUAUUGGAUCUCUUUUCCCCGGGUAAAUCCGGUGAAAAUAUUGUAAACAUUAAAAAUGCUUUACCAAAAAAAUCUUCUCGUAGAUUGUUGUAUAACAGUGGUGAAAACAAUAAUCAUACACCUGCCAAGGUUUCUGAUGACUUAUCACUAUUAAGAGUUAUUCCCCGGUCAGCUGAUAUUUUACGGGCUAGAUCACUAACAGAAUGUAUCAUAGAAUUUAUGGAAAAACACUUUAAUGGUAGACAUCCUGCUAAUAGGCGACUUGAAAUGAGGAAUAAAAUGAUACAGCAACAUAAUAGCUUUGAAAGGAAACCACUAUUUGGAAAUAGCAUAUCAUCCCAUUCCGUACAUCUUGAAACGUUAUAUAGGGGCAAUUUUAAUCUUUCGAUCAAAAAAAUAAAAAAGAAAAUGCGUUAUUCGGGUAGUAGAAACUUACAGCCCACUUCAUUUUUUAUAAAUGAAUGUAAGAUUUUAAAACGUUGCUUUUUAUCCCCAUUCAAGCGCAUAUUCCAGCCAGAUCUUGGUGGCUAUAGCAAACAUUUGAUGAAUACAUUUCAUUAUGGCAAUCUGUUGGCGCUGUCUUAUUUUAUAAGGACCACCAAUACUAGAUUCCUGUUAUCACACAGGAACAAUAAUCAUAGCGCUACGACAAAUUUAUCUCUGAAAACUAUUGAAGAAGAUAUUUUGGAUAUUCCUGAAUCAUUAAAAAGGGAUACAAAGUUAAUGGAACCAUUUAUAUUGGAUCAUUUUGUUGUUAAUUCUUCUCAUACGUAUGUUGAUAAUAAGUUUUUGAUACCACCAGCUCCCACGCAUUCCAUAUCUAGUAAAAGAACUAGGAAUUUGUACCACAAAUUAAAGGGAAUGCAUGGCUCAAACCAAAUGAAUAAUUUAAUUCAGUAUAACAUAACUCAUAGCAUUUGGAAAAUGAUACCGCCGCAAACAGUUGAUCACAUGUAUGGCCAUAAAAACGACAUGUAUCAGUUAUUUCCACACAUUUCAACCAUAAUAUCAUCUUUUAAUCGAUUGAAUUUUGUUUCACUUGAUUUAAUAAAUAUGGUGUUGACAAAAGUUAUUCCACAAGUUUACAAGGCUAUAAAAAUAGAUUCUGAUACUAGGUCUUGCGAAAAAUCCGACAUACAAACUUUCAUAAGGUUUCUUGUCUAUAUUUUGGAAUCAAUAAAACCAGUUAUAAUAAGGGAUAAGUCUCACAAAUUAGCAAAGUCGCUCAUUUCGCUGCUUUGCUCAAAUGAUUUUAUUGCAAUACUUGAGGCGUAUUCUUCCAAUGAAAGCGGUAAAGAUGCACUAAACAAGGAUGUAUUUAAUCUCAUGCAUUCGUUUAAUACUCUGACAUUUGUCUGGUUUAAUAAAAUGAUCCAAAAUACGGAUGUUAAUAGUUCAAGUCUAUUAGAGUUUGAUGGAGGUUUCUCAACCAUUGUGGAUGUGUUCAAUAAACUAUGCAGGCUAGUUGGUGACCAAGUAAAUAGGGAAAGUACUGUUUCCUCGAUUUGUGUUCCAGACUUGAAUUUAAAAAUGACAAGGCUUUUGAACAAUUUGACGUACAAUCUGUGGUUUGUAGCCAAUGCGCGUAUGAGUAACUGGAGUUUUCAGGAUGGAAAUUUUGAUUACAUGUUAAAUCUUGCCAAUAAGGUGAGAUCUACCAUCAUUAAUGGACUUAAUGAAUUGGAAUUUGAUACAAACGUGAUUCAAUAUUCUGUUUGCACGUUGGCUAGACAUGCCAUGUCUCAACAAUACAUUGACAAACUAGCGAAUAAGGGCGCUCAUCAUACUAUUAAUGGUUUCGAUGAUAAUCUGAUUGUAGAAUCAGAUCCAAAAUUGGUCAAUAUCCUCUCAAAAUACGGUAUAACGAACAAGAUGAUAGAGAGCGCAAUAACACACUCACACAACUUAAAUACAAAGGAUAACUUACAGAAUUUUGUAGCAUUAAUGAAGUCUGAAGGGCAUUCUCCCGUUAUUCACAUGAAGGAUCGGAACAACACCCUACUGUACCAGUUUUUCAGUAAUCAUUUUAUCGCAUCUUGA